UAGCUUCUUUCUGACACAUCCUCCUCAUUUCCCCCCGGUUCUUCUUUCUCGUUUUUUCUUCUUUCUUAUCUGCAUCUUCGACAUGCUCACGUGAAGUCCACCAACUUGCAGAACACUGUGGAUGCCGAGUUAAAAAAUAAAAAAUAAGGCAAAUCGGGGAAUAAUAGAAACAACUACGCACGUUUGCAUCUUUCGUUGAGUGCCUUGGCUUGAACCGAGCAACAGGAUGGAUCUGUCCUUCAUGGCUGCGCAGAUCCCAGUGAUGACGGGGGCCUUCAUGGACUCCUCGCCCAAUGACGACUACAGUGGCGAGCAUUCACUCUUCAACUCCUCGGCCAGCGUGCACGCCGCAGCCUCCGCCGCCUCGGUACACGGCCAGCAGGACGAGUCGCAGUCCAUGUCCAGCGAUGCCAUCUGGUUGUGGAUCGCCAUCAUCGCCACCAUCGGAAACAUUGUGGUGGUUGGCGUUGUCUAUGCCUUCACUUUCUGAUGAACAUAUGCUAAGAAAGACAAACACGCACACAAACACAUCCUGCUUUCUCCAGAUCUCUGGACCACCUGAGCGGAGCCUCUCUUCAUGUCUCUCUCUCUCUUUCUCUUUUUCUCUCUGCCCCUGCACUUGGUUUUUGGAUCAGUUUAAGCCCCUGAGGGUGUGGAAAUUGUGAUACUAGACAAUGACAUAUACACUACUAUAUUUCUUUUUCAGAGAGAAAGAUGGGACUUGGCUGCAAUCGUCACAACCAAGCAAUUUUGGAUGCUACAACUUGAGAAGAAGCUUUUGUGUUCAACAGCUCUUCAGUUAAAAACAAGAAACAUCAACCUGUGAACAAAAAAUCAAAGCAAUGUGGGUUUUUUCUUUGCCUAAGUUUGUUCCCAUGUUUCUCCUCAGACAGCACCCUCAUUUAAAAUGCAGAGAUGAGAAUGGAGAUAUGGGGCUUAAGAUUCAGGUUGAUCCAGGCCAUCUUAAACAUCCUCCAGAUAGUUGCUUUGCAAUUCAGGCCAGUGCUGUUAAAUGAUGCGGCUGAGCAGAGAUACUGAAUGUUGAAACAUUUAAAAGUGCUGGGAUUAUUUUCAUUCAGACAGCCCCGAGGCCCAGGACAUCAGAGCUCAUUUAAGGACUAAUUUGUUGAUGGUGUGGACAAUAAUCAUCAGUGUAUAUAGUAUCUAAACACUUUUACUGACAGGAAACAAAGAAAAAAACACAUUUAAAAUCCCAUCAUCAUCUCUAAAUGGCUAACUCUAUAUAUACAAUGAAUCAUUACUUUAUGAUAAUGGUCGUAUUGUCAAAUACUUACAGGAUUAAUCACUAGGGAAUAUUAGGAAAUCUAAUUGUAUUGUCAUGGUCUGUUCAGUCAUGUUUAGAUAUUAUCUACAGAUGAUAAUGAAAUACAAUUUAAAGCACAAAUUGAAUCGCAAGAUGACGUAGCCUACUAAACUUAUUGCACCUUAUUAUUUUGUGUAGUUGUUUUUACAGUAAAGUACAGCUUAUAAAGGUAUUUCUUAUCAAUCAGAAGUAAUACUGUCAACAGGGCAGAUGUGAAGAAUUGGUAAAUGUAUUUAUUCAGAAUCAAUUUAACACUGAACAGAUCUGUAGUGAACUCUGUGAUUUAUGUAUGCUAACGUGAGUAGGGAAAGGACGUCUCAAUUGGAAAUCAAAUGUUGUCACGUAUUAAGCUACACCUAUAAAUUCGUCCAGUGAAUCAAAUGUCUCCAUGGCAACUAAUACACCAACAACUUUACUCUGAGACUAUCAAGUAUUAACCUGCAGGCACAGAUGCAAUUUAUUCUGCUUAUUCUGAGAAUGUGUGCUUAGUUUUCACUGUUUUAUUUCAAUUUUUGAAGAAAGUAAGCUACAUUAGGAGAACUGAUCAAAAAAAUCAAAUGUGAAUUUAAAGUCAGUUAGUAGUUUUCUUUUUGACAAAGAGAGAGAAAUAGAAAGAGAGCACUCUCUGUUUUCAGUAAACUUAUAUUACUUCUGGGAUUUAUGGAAUAACAUCAAUAUGCUUUAGAUGAAACAAUACGAACUUGUCCUGUGAACACCAUACUGUACAUGUUCAAAUGUUCAUACACUGCGAUUACAAUGCUAGCUUACUGUAUCAACUGUACCAAUGUAAGGAGACAUUCAGACACACUCUGUUAUUAUGAGUAUACUUCUACAAUGUUCAGAGAAGGACUUUUCAAGCCUGUUAUUUUUAAUAAAUGGUUGAUGUAGAAAUGUAUUUAGACAUGUUGUAAACCACGUACACAAUGCUCCUUUUGUAAAGAUAUAUGCUAUUAUUAAAGUUUCUCUAAUAAUGCA